AAAAUAAUAGACAGAGAGAAUAACUAAGCUACGUUUGAGAGCUAUCCACUAAUUUUAUUCCUUGAAAGAAUAAUAACCAACCUUUCGCAUACAAAGAGAACAUGUCCGAGGUCAACGAAACAUGCAAAUCAAAUGCCUGUGCAAUUCAAGAUUGUCUACUUCGAAAUGGGUACAAUGAAUCCAAAUGUACGAAAUACAUAGACGAAUUAUACCUCUGCUGCAAGCAAUUCUAUCAAGAGAAUGGUCCUGAAGCAUCCAGUGUUUGUUGUCCCAAAUUCAACUUACUUCAACUCAAAUUGAAGCAAAGGUCAUUGGGACAAAUAGAUGCUGAGCUAAUAGAACCACGUAGAAGAUAAAACAUGUAUAUAGAAAUACACUGAUUUUCAAAAGAAAAAAAUAAAGAGCUUAAGCUGUAAUUUACAAUGUAUGUUUAGAACCGCGUAGUCCUCCAUUCAAUCCAAAAGACUCGACAAAGCUGGGCUGGUAAAAACAUUAGAUCUAUGGCUUACCCGAGCACGAAGACAUCACAUAGUGAAUAAGAUUAUAUGUGGAGGAAAUAUCACAUAAUCCGUGACUCUAAUGGGCGCCAAUAUUAAAGACAU